UUGCAUCUCAGCAAAGCCAUUCUUUGUGAACAAAGCACUUGCUUUUUCCCUUUCCCAAUUCAUCCGAUCAAGCGAUUCAGAAAAUGAUGGUUCAGAAAGAUCAAGAGCUGGGGUUGAGUUUGAGUCUCAGUUACCCUGCGCAAAAGAGGCCAGUUGUUUCUACUGCAACUCCACUCCACCUCAAUCUCAUGCCAUCUUCAUCUUCUCCCUCUCCUUUCACCAUCAACACUAACAACAAUUGCUGGACUCAAGCCUUCACUUCUUCAGAUCGGAGAGGUGAGGAGACGAGAUCGUUUUUGAAGGGAAUCGACGUGAACUGCCUGCCGGAGACGGCGGAGGAGGCGGCGGCGGAGGAGGAGGAAGGCGGAGUCUCCUCCCCAAACAGCACCAUCUCCAGCCUCAGCGGCAAGCGCAGCGAGCGCGAAGAUCACGACGGUUUCUCCCGCGGAAUCAGCGACGAAGAGGACGCCGAGAACGCCAGGAAGAAGCUCCGCCUCUCCAAGGAUCAAUCCGCCGUUCUCGAGGAAAGCUUCAAAGAGCACAGCACGCUCAAUCCAAAGCAAAAAAUGGCUCUGGCGAAGAGAUUAGGGCUCAGGCCGAGGCAGGUCGAGGUCUGGUUUCAAAACAGAAGAGCAAGGACGAAAUUGAAGCAAACAGAGGUGGAUUGCGAAUUUCUAAAGAGAUGCUGCGAGAAUUUGACAGAGGAAAACAGGAGGCUGCAGAAGGAGGUGCAAGAGCUGCGAGCGCUGAAGCUAUCUCCGCAGCUCUACAUGCAGAUGACGCCGCCAACAACUCUCACAAUGUGCCCUUCCUGCGAGAGAGUGGCGCUGCCCUCCGCCGCCGAUCCCGUCGCCGUCGCUCAGCCGCGGCCGAUUCCGUUCAAUCCGUGGCCGGCUGCCCCUCGCUGCAGGCCUUUCGAUGCUAUGCAAUCUAGAUCGUGAUUUAUUCAUAUAUUUUUUUGGAGUUUAGUAGAUUCAUCUUUUUAGUACUGAUUUUGCUUGUUCUUCUUUUUUUCUUGAGAUUAUUAAUCUUUGGAUGUAAAUUGGCUUCAGAUGAUUAAAUUUUAGUGGAAUAGAGUUGAGAAUUAUGAAA